UUUCUGACGUGAACGUUAGAAGCAAGCCCAGUGGACUGCUUGUAUCCCAAUGUUAUUUUUCCAACACUCUGGAAUCUGACCCGUUUAGCAGAACCGGCUCGUCGUCACACGGUCUCUGGUGACGAACAGGCCACGCGUGACUGCAUUUUUUUUUUUUACUUGGCUCUCUUUUAAUUUAAUUUUGGCAUUGGUAAAGCUGCUGCUGGAGAAGAUGAGUGCGGUAGAACCAGACAUGGAAGAUCUGUUCCAGGAGAAGAAGCGUGUCAGGAAUCCUCUCGUUCCUCUCGGUGCACUUAUGACUGCCGGAGUGCUUACGGCUGGGCUGAUUAGUUUCAGAAGAGGCAAUUCUCAGUUGGGUCAGGUUUUGAUGAGAGCUAGAGUGGUCGUCCAGGGUGCUACUGUCGCUUUAAUGGUCGGAACCGCUUAUUACUACGGUGAUAAUCCGUGGAAGAAGUUACUUUUGUCUGAAAUCCAUGAAACAGAAGCUCUUUCACCUAAAUCUUCAUCUGCAGCAACUAUUACUCUUAUGAACCAGAAAGAUCCAUCUUCAAGCUCUAUAGUCUCUGUUUUAUGUUUAGUUAUCUCUGUUCUUGCUCUUAUCAUCGUCUUCCUAGGUGUCCUCUACUUAAUCUUCAAAUUUCUCCGCAAGUCCUCGACUUUAUUUCCCAUUCCCCAUUUCAAUCCCAACCCAGAUCUCUCUUCUUCCUCCUCUCCUCAGCUCCAGCACCUCUUCUUCCUCCAUGACUCUGGUCUAGACCAGACCUCCAUUGAUGCACUUCCCGUGUUCCUCUAUGGUAACGUAACCAUGAGUCUGAAAGAGUCUUUCGAUUGCGCUGUAUGUCUCAAUGAGUUCUCUGACACAGACAAGCUCAGGCUACUCCCAGUCUGUAGCCACGCAUUCCAUCUUCACUGUAUCGACACAUGGCUUCUCUCCAACUCUACUUGCCCUCUCUGCAGACGAUCACUCUCAACCUCAAACGUCUGCUAUAACCAUGCUGAGGCUCUUGUCGUCCCCUUGUCCGGGCAUCAGCAGGUCGACGAAGGCAAAUCCUCCCUUGCUAAAAGAGUCUUUUCUGUUCGUCUUGGGAGAUUCAAAAGCACGAACGAAAGUCAAAGUCAACGACACGAUGUCAAAGAUGAAAUUGGUGUAGGAAUGCCAAGAAGGUGUUACUCGAUGGGCACGCAACAGUAUCUCGAAUGCGAUCAAGAUUUUGUGGUGGCUCUGUCUUCGUCUCCUCGUGAGGGAAAUACCGGUAAUAACUGCUCCAUUCACGAGGGUGAUUCGGUAAAACAAGACUCUGGUGGUUUGGGUAGGCACUAAUGUAUUGUAGUAGGAAAGAGAGUAUGUCUAUGUCAAAGAUCUGGUUUUGGUCGGAGAAGAAGAAGAGAGUACUGUAGUUCGGUUUAUUAAACAAAAAUAGGUGGGUUUUUUUUGUUGCAUCUUAGUCUUCCUUGUUACUACAGACAUGAAAUCGUUAAGGAAUAGUUUUUGUGAUUAGAUAAUGCGAAAAGAAAUAAUAUACACGGAUUAAUUCCUAUUUAGAGUUGUUUAUUUAGUUAUAUUGUCCAAUGAUAUGAAGACUUUGGUAGCUCUA